CCGAGCGACACCGCCAGCAGGACAGGCAGGAGCAGGCAGCCAAGCACCGCGGCGUUCAACAGGUACCGGCAAGUCUCUGCCCAGGUUUUCACAGUCGGCAGCAGAGAUGGCGUUCGUCCCCGAUUUGGACACACUGGAGAGCAGCAGCCUGAACGAAGAGACAUUUUAUGGUCCCGACUGCCUCUGCCUGCAGAAGGUAAUCCUGGGGCAGUGGGAAUGGCCCUGGGACCACUGUGAUGGGGAAGCCAGGCUCUCAUCCCACAUCCCCUUUCCUUCCCAGAAACCCCGCCUGGACUUGGAGGUCGCAUCGCCUGAGGUGGGCAUCCAGGUGACAGUGACCAAGGGACAUGGCACCAGGACCUUUCGCCAGGCUGCCGUCCUCGUGGUGGCUGUGACCAAGCUCCUGAAGCGGCCGGCGCACAAGGACUUUGCUGACAGUGACCUUGGGGGCUUCCUGGAUGAUAUUUUUGGUAUGGGGACGUGGCAUCAGGGGUGUCACCCCAGCCAGGGGAUGCUCUUGGGGGAUGCUAUUGGACCUGGGUGCAUCACCGUCCUCCUGACCAUCUCCCUCCCUGCAGAGCCCGUCUCCUUCCAGCGGAUCGAGGGCAGCUACACUGGGGCGCCCAUCUACCGUUACACCCGCUCCCAGUCCUUCGACAUCCUCGACAUCGACCAGAAGUGCUUUGUCCUGGAGUCGCCCACCCAACUGGUGGCCCUGCACCUGCAGGGACCCUCCGCCGGGCGGAAAGUGAAGCUCAACAUCGCUCUGUACCGUCCCCGGUCAUCGAAGGGUGGCCUGGGGACUGGACGGAUGCCAGUGGCAUUGGGCAUCAAGGGCUACCGACUCUAUAUGUCAUGUGUGAUGAGCGGCGCCGAGCCCGUGCUGCAGCUGGAGGAAGCCGAUGUCAGGAGGGACAUCGAGAGCGUGGAGCUGACGCGCUUCAUUUUCUACCGCUUGGACAGCCCAAUCGAGGGGAAAACCCGCUUCGAGUCAGCUGCCUUCCCCGGCUGGUUCAUCUGCACCUCCCUGCAGCCCCGCCAGCCCGUCGGCAUCACCAACCGCCCUGACCAGGUCAACAUUGCCACCUACGAGCUGAGCGGGCGCUGAGGAGCCCCCGCACCCAACCCAACCCAACUGGCAGUUGCUGGUUUUCAGGCUGUAUGUACCGAGUACAACCCCCUCCCAGCCGGGACCCCCGUCCUCCCCAUCUAUUUCAGGUGAAAUAGCAGCUCUGGGCCCUGUGGGCCUGAGUCACCCCAAUUUAUACUUAUUUAUUGUGUCUGGCCAGUGCUUUUAAUUUAUAUACAUUUUAAUGG